GGGAUGAGGGCUGGGGAACCCCCAGACCUGAGAGGUCCACUCCCUGCCCCCAACCUAGAGGACCGUGGAGAGCUCAGUUUGGAGCAAGGUGCUGGGGUCGCCCCUUCUCUGCCAUCUCACUGACCUGGGGCAGGGCAGCCUUGGUGGAGUGUGUGUCCGGGAGGUUGGCCCAGGGUGACCCCACCCGCUUUCCUCAGCUGAGUCAUUAUUCCUCGUGCCUCACCAGCCCCCGAUUUCCCCUUCUGUGGGGAGGGCUGCGGGGUGGCUGUGAAGGGGAGAGGAGCCGCUUCGGAGGAGCCUGGGAGAAAGCAGAGCGUCUUUGCAGUGUCUCCCUCUGUCACCCAGACUGGAGGCAGUGGUCCGAUCACUGCGCACUGCACCCUUGACCUCCCAGGCUCAAGCAAUCUCCCAUCUCAGCCUCUUAAGCAGCUGGGACCACAGGAUCUGAGUGAUGAGACGUGUCCCCACUGAGGUGCCCCACAGCAGCAGGUGUUGAGCAUGGGCUGAGAAGCUGGACCGGCACCAAAGGGCUGGCGGAAAUGGGCGCCUGGCUGAUUCCUAGGCAGUUGGCGGCAGCAAGGAGGAGAGGCCGCAGCUUUUGGAGCAGAGCCGAGACGAAGCAGUUCUGGAGUGCUUGAACGGCCCCCUGAGCCCUACCCGCCUGGCCCACUAUGGUCCAGAGGCUGUGGGUGAGCCGCCUGCUGCGGCACCGGAAAGCCCAGCUCUUGCUGGUCAACCUGCUAACCUUUGGCCUGGAGGUGUGUUUGGCCGCAGGCAUCACCUAUGUGCCGCCUCUGCUGCUGGAAGUGGGGGUAGAGGAGAAGUUCAUGACCAUGGUGCUGGGCAUUGGUCCAGUGCUGGGCCUGGUCUCUGUCCCGCUCCUAGGCUCAGCCAGUGACCACUGGCACGGACGCUAUGGCCGCCGCCGGCCCUUCAUCUGGGUGCUGUCCUUGGGCAUCCUACUGAGCCUCUUUCUCAUCCCAAGGGCCGGCUGGCUGGCAGGGCUGCUGUGCCCGGAUCCCAGGCCCCUGGAGCUGGCACUGCUCAUCCUGGGCGUGGGGCUGCUGGACUUCUGUGGCCAGGUGUGCUUCACUCCACUGGAGGCCCUGCUCUCUGACCUCUUCCGGGACCCGGACCACUGUCGCCAGGCCUACUCUGUCUAUGCCUUCAUGAUCAGUCUUGGGGGCUGCCUGGGCUACCUCCUGCCUGCCAUUGACUGGGACACCAGUGCCCUGGCCCCCUACCUGGGCACCCAGGAGGAGUGCCUCUUUGGCCUGCUCACCCUCAUCUUCCUCACCUGCGUAGCAGCCACACUGCUGGUGGCUGAGGAGGCAGCGCUGGGCCCCACUGAGCCAGCAGAAGGGCUGUCGGCCCCCUCCUUGCCUCCCCACUGCUGUCCAUGCUGGGCCCGCUUGGCUUUCCGGAACCUGGGCGCCCUGCUUCCCCGACUGCACCAGCUGUGCUGCCGCAUGCCCCGCACCCUGCGCCGGCUCUUCGUGGCUGAGCUGUGCAGCUGGAUGGCACUCAUGACCUUCACGCUGUUUUACACGGAUUUCGUGGGCGAGGGGCUGUACCAGGGCGUGCCCAGAGCUGAGCCGGGCACCGAGGCCCGGAGACACUAUGAUGAAGGCGUUCGGAUGGGCAGUCUGGGGCUGUUCCUGCAGUGCACCAUCUCCCUGGUCUUCUCUCUGGUCAUGGACCGGCUGGUGCAGCGGUUCGGCACUCGAGCAGUCUAUUUGGCCAGUGUGGCAGCUUUCCCUGUGGCUGCCGGUGCCACAUGCCUCUCCCACAGUGUGGCCGUGGUGACGGCUUCAGCCGCCCUCACCGGGUUCACCUUCUCAGCCCUGCAGAUCCUGCCCUACACACUGGCUUCCCUCUACCACCGGGAGAAGCAGGUGUUCCUGCCCAAAUACCGAGGGGACGCUGGAGGCGCUAGCAGUGAGGACAGCCUGAUGACCAGCUUCCUGCCAGGCCCUAAGCCUGGAGCUCCCUUCCCUAAUGGACACGUGGGUGCUGGAGGCAGUGGCCUGCUCCCGCCUCCGCCCGCGCUCUGCGGGGCCUCUGCCUGCGACGUCUCCGUACGUGUGGUGGUGGGUGAGCCCACCGAGGCAAGGGUGGUUCCGGGCCGGGGCAUCUGCCUGGACCUCGCCAUCCUGGAUAGUGCCUUCCUGCUGUCCCAGGUGGCCCCGUCCCUGUUUAUGGGCUCCAUCGUCCAGCUCAGCCAGUCUGUCACUGCCUAUAUGGUGUCUGCUGCAGGCCUGGGUCUGGUCGCCAUUUACUUUGCUACACAGGUAGUAUUUGACAAGAGCGACUUGGCCAAAUACUCAGUGUAGAACACUUCCAGCACAUUGGAGUGGAGGGCCUGCCUCACUGGGUCCCAGCUCCCCACUCCUGUUAGCCCCAUGGGGCUGCCGGGCUGGCCGCCAGUUUCUGUUGCUGCCAAAGUAAUGUGGCUCUCUGCUGCCACCCUGUGCUGCUGAGGUGCAUAGCUGCACAGCUGGGGGCUGGGGCGUCCCUCUGCUCUCUCCCCAGUCUCUAGGGCCGCCUGACUGGAGGCCUUCCAAGGGGGUUUCGGUCUGGACUUCUACAGGGAGGCCGGAAGGGCUCCAUGCACUGGAAUGCGGGGACUCUGCAGGUGGAUUACCCAGGCUCAGGGUUAACAGCUAGCCUUCUGGUUGAGACACACCUAGAGAAGGGUUUUUGGGAGCUGAAUAAACUCAGUCACCUGGUUUCCCACCUCUUAGCCCCUUAACCUGCAGCUUCAUUUAAUGUAGCUCUUGCAUGGGAGUUUCUAGGAUGAAACACUCCUCCGUGGGAUUUGAACAUAUGAAAGUUAUUUGUAGGGGAAGAGUCCUGAGGGGCAACACACAAGAACUAGGUACCCUCAGCCCACAGCACUGUCUUUUUGCUGAUCCACCCCGCUCUUACCUUUUAUCAGGAUGUGGCCUGUUGGUCCCUCUGUUGCCAUCACAGGGACACAGGCAUUUAAAUAUUUAACUUAUUUAUUUAACAAAGUAGAAGGGAAUCCAUUGCUAGCUUUUCUGUGUUGGUGUCUAAUAUUUGGGUAGGGUGGGAUCCCCAACAGUCAGGUCCCCUGAGAUAUCUGGCCAUUGGGCUGAUCAUUGCCAGAAUCUUCUUCUCCUGGGGUCUGGCCCCCCAAAAUGCCUAACCCAGGACCUUGGAAAUUCUACUCAUCCCAAAUGAUAAUUCCAAAUGCUGUUACCCAAGGUUAGGGUGUUGAAGGAAGGUGGAGGGUGGGGCUUCCGGUCUCAACGGCUUCCCUAACCACCCCUCUUCUCUUGGCCCAGCCUGGUUCCCCCCACUUCCACUCCCCUCUACUCUCUCUAGGACUGGGGUGAUGAAGGCACUGCCCGAAAUUUCCCCUACCCCCAACUUUCCCCACUGGCUCCACAACCCUGUUUGGAGCUAUUGCUGGACCAGAAGCACAAAGUGUGGUUUCCCAAGCCUUUGUCCAUCUCAGCCCCCAGAGUAUAUCUGUGCUUGGGGAAUCUCACACAGAAACUCAGGAGCACCCCCUGCCUGAGCUAAGGGAGGUCUUAUCUCUCAGGGGGGUUUAAGUGCCGUUUGCAAUAAUGUCGUCUUAUUUAUUUAGCGGGGUGAAUAUUUUAUACUGUAAGUGAGCAAUCAGAGUAUAAUGUUUAUGGUGACGAAAUUAAAGGCUUUCUUAUAUGUUUA